AUGCAUGCCGUUGGAAAGGGCAUUCGAUAUUCAAAAGUUAUUCGAAGAAUCUCUGACAAUCUCUCCGCGUACUCGUCUACAACGCGACCUGUUCUCGCGGAGAGCGCGAUGUUCAAGAAAGCUGUGAACGACCAUCCUGGGGGUACAACUUCCAAGCCCCUCCAGUCCAAUCUCAAUAUGCUCCGUACAAACACCACGGUUCCUUCUAAGCCUCCUCCUUUACCCCAAUCAGUGGGCAUCAAGCGGAAAAUCGAAAUGACGAACAGUGGGGGAGGGUCGCUCGGCUCUCUCCAUAGCACUGUCUAUUUCGAUGAGAAUGACUUUGACGACGAUCUCGAUCUUGAUCUCGACGAACCACUCCCAUUUGUGCCGCCUAAGCCUAAGACAACAAUUCCAAAGCCAGAUCCGGUGACUUAUCCAAUUAUUGACCUGACAACCGAUAAGACGGAACCUGCAGAUAUCGUCAAAUACCCAGACCUGCCGCCUGCGUCUCAGGAAAUCGCGCCUCCAUCGAGUAGCAUGCAACUUCCAUGGUCAUCGUCACCUCCAUCCCAUUUCCAGGCUCCCCCAAAGGCUCGCACUUUGCCAUGGCUGCAGGCAAAGGAACCAGCCAGUUUCGUCACCCCCAAGCGCACAAAAUCCACGGAUAUUUGGAACAAGAGCGCAAGUGCUAUCAAGGAAGAGCAAAAGGAGUUAAGACGAGAAUACAAGAAGACUCAAAUGGAUGCUAUGCAAGAAACGGCAGCUUCGCAUUCCAAACCAAGCCAGUCUCUGCCCACUACUGUACUUAGUGAUGAGCAGAACGCUGUUCUUGAAGCUGUUGUGGACCGCAGUAAGAGUAUCUUCUUCACGGGCUCGGCAGGUACUGGAAAAUCGGUGCUCAUGAGAGAAAUUAUCAAAAAAUUGCGAAUAAAAUACAAACGGGAACCGGAUCGAAUUGCAGUUACCGCAUCAACUGGAUUGGCUGCCUGUAAUAUUGGAGGUGUCACUCUUCACAGUUUCGCCGGCAUUGGUUUAGGCAAGGAAGCAGUACCAGAAUUGGUCAAAAAGAUCAAGAAGAACCAAAAGGCCCGCAACCGUUGGCUCCGUACCAAGGUUCUCGUUGUUGAUGAAGUGUCGAUGGUUGAUGGAGAUCUAUUUGACAAGCUGGAAGAAAUCGCUCGUCGCAUUCGAAACAAUGGUCGACCAUUUGGAGGUAUUCAACUGGUCGUGACUGGAGAUUUCUUCCAGCUGCCUCCUGUGCCAGAAGGGAGCAACCGAGAAGCAAAGUUCUCCUUUGCUGCAGCUACAUGGAAUACCACAAUUCAACACACCAUUCUUCUGACUCAUGUCUUCCGUCAACGAGACCCGGAAUUUGCGGCAAUGCUGAACGAACUGCGACUUGGUAAAAUCAGUCCUGCGACGAUUGAAGCUUUCCGCAAGCUUUCCCGGCCACUCAAUUUCCACGAUGAGCUGGAUGCAACUGAACUAUUUCCAACUCGCUAUGAGGUCGAAAAUGCAAAUUCCGCCCGCAUGGCCAGGCUUUCGGGUGAAAUGAUGACCUUUAACGCCGUUGAUUCCGGGACAAUUCAAGAUCAGCAAUAUCGUGAGAAGUUGCUAUCUAACUGCAUGGCCCCUCCAGUCAUCAAGCUCAAGAAGGGCGCACAGGUCAUGUUGAUCAAAAAUAUGGAAGACAGUCUUGUGAAUGGAUCCAUUGGACGAGUGGUAGCAUUCAUGGAUGAGGCCAAAUUCGAUUGGUAUCGUACCAAUGACAGCGAAUUUCAGGCGAAUGGAGAUGGUCAGAUGAGUGAUGAUGAAGACAGCGCUGCUCAAGCACGGAAAAAGCUCAAGGGCAUGGCUUACCAGGAACCAGGAGCCGCCCCUGCUCGACAGUGGCCUCUUGUUUGCUUUGUUCAGCCAGAUGGUACAGAAAGACAUCUACUAUGCCAACCAGAAGCAUGGAAAAUUGAGCUGCCCAAUGGAGAAGUGCAAGCUCAAAGAUCACAAGUGCCAUUGAUCCUGGCAUGGGCCUUGUCUAUCCAUAAAGCGCAAGGCCAGACCCUACAGCGUGUGAAGGUCGACCUGAACCGAGUCUUUGAGAAGGGCCAGGCUUAUGUGGCUCUUAGUCGAGCGACUACAAAGGAGGGCUUACAAGUCACCCGGUUCGAUCCCCAGAAAGUGAUGGUUCAUGCCAAGGUGACAGAGUUCUACAAGAACUUGGUAUCAAUCAACCAGGUGCUUAAGCCAAAGGCGAAGAAGGCGAAACUUACCGAUGAAUUUGAUGAUGACUUUCUCGAUUCCUUGUGA